AAAGACCCAAAGUCUUCUUCAAAACCAAGCGUAAUCAAACCAACAAUCAUACCUCCAACCAGCUCCACCACCUCUACUUCACAAGCCAAAACUCAAUUCCGUAUCUAUGUGGGAUCAUAUGAACAUAACUUAUUAUCACUUUCUUUGAUUUUAGAGAAGGAAAAAACACCUGUAUUCCAGCCAAUAUUCCACUUCCAAGCGCAUGCUCUAUCUAUCAAAUCUAUUGCUGCUGCUAAGAGAUAUUUAGUCACUGGGAGUAAUGAUGAACAUAUCAAAAUUUAUGAUUUACAGAAAAGAAAAGAAUUGGGUACAUUAUUAGGACAUCAAGGAAGUAUCACUUCAUUAAGAUUUUCACAUGAAGGGCAUACAGAUGGUGAAGAAGUUCUUGGAUCAGGUGCUAGUGGGAAAUGGUUACUAAGUGGAUCAGAUGAUGGUAAGAUUAUUAUUUGGAGAACAAAAGAUUGGGAAAUUUUUGGGACUUUAAAAGGUCAUAAGGGUAGAAUUAAUGAUAUAUCUAUUCAUCCAUCAGGUAGAAUCGCUGUUAGUGUUGGUGAAGAUAAAUCUGUUAGAUUAUGGAAUUUGAUGACUGCUAAAAAAGCUGCAAAUUUGAAAAUUAAAAAUGAUUGGCAAAGUGGUGAAUUCGUUAGAUGGUCAUUAACUGGUGAUUACUUCUUUGUUGGCUUAUUGAAUAAAAUUUUGGUUUAUAAAACAUCUGAAGCACAAAUUAUCAAAGAAGUUCCUUUCAAAAGUACAUUAAUGCACAUCGAAGUUUACAAGAUUGAUGAUGUUGAAUAUGCUGUUGUUGGAUUAAAUAAUGGUUCAUUAGAAUUUUAUGACGUUGAAGAUUUAACAAAAGUUGAAGAUGAUAAAGAACCAGAGCCAAAAUUCAAACUAGUUGGACAUACAAACCGUAUAAAGGAUUUCAAAUUAUACAGAGUCAAUAAUGAAACAUAUUUAAUCUCAAUUUCAUCAGAUGGUAACAUUGUUAUUUGGGAUUUGGCACUUAAAGAUCAAGUUGCAGUUUAUAACACAGGUGAAAGAUUAAAUUGUGUUGAAGUUUCUUCAGAAAGUGUGGAGAAAUUCGAAACCAUGAAGAGAAGAAUUGAUGAUAUUGAUGAUGAAGAAGCUGCUAGUGCGAGUGAGAGUGAAAAUGAAGCCGAUCAAGCUGAAUUGAAAAGAAUAAUGGAGGGUCGUAAGAAGAAGAAGAGUAAG